AUGGAUGGAUAUCAACAUGAACUGGAGGUAUUCAAUAACACUCAUACUCAGGCUCAUCGUUGUCGAAAAGCACUUGGAGGAGGAAUGCGGCAGGCGGGUAUUUUGGCCGCAGCCGGAAUUUUGUCACUUUCAAAGGGACCUACCAGGGUAGCUCAAGAUCAUAUUUUCACCAAACAAUUGGUCAAUUGGCUGUUACUGCGCAAGAGAUUUGCUGAAUCUACUGAAAAGGAAGUUCACGGGAUCGGUCAAGAUAUUCGUUGGCUUGCUUACCCGAUGACUGAAACGAACAUCAUAAUUGUUGUUCACUGCAGUAACCCACCUGAAGACAUCAAUCUCGCUCAAGACAAAUAA